AUGCGCUUCUACCUCCUCUAUACCUUCCUCUCAACACCUCUCCUGCUCUCCCUCCAGACCGCAAUGGCAGAGUCCUCCGACUCCCGAACCUGCUACCAAAUGGACGGCACCUCCGACCCCGGCCUCUUCCCCUGCCGCCCACCACCAUCCAGCUCAUCCAGCUCAUCUCACUCCCCCUGCUGCCACCUCCACAACCCCAACAAGAACUCCACAUCAGGCACCCGUACCGACACUGAAGUCUGCCUCGAGCCAUCUGGCCUCUGCCUCGCCGCCAACGGCCUGAUGUACAUAUCCGGCUGCACGGAUCGCAGCUGGAUGGACGGCUCGUGCCCACUCAUCUGCCCCGACGUGCGGACGAACUGGAAGGGCAAAGCCUCCGAGGAGGGCUGGACGCAGGGCCAGCAGGUCUGGAACUGGCAGGUGAUGACGUGUGCGCCGAAUAGUGUCUGCUGUCGCAGGUUUGGGGCUAGUCCCGAGUGCUGCGGGAAUGAGAGUUUGAGGAUCCCGAAUUAUUCGAUUGGGAGUCCGAGUUUAAGCCUUUGGGAGGGGGAUGAGAGUUCCAAUAGGACUGAGACUGAGACGAAGACAGGGCCUGCAGCGACAGGGAGAUGUGAGAGCGCGGCGUCUGGGAAUGGGAAUGGAACAAAGAUGAGAUCCGGGAACGAGACUUGUCGUGAGGGAACAGUGGGUGCGGCAGUUGGUGCGCCACUUGGAGCAGCGUUCGUGGCGGCGCUGACGGCGAUGGGAUGGGCGAUUCGCAAGCAGAGGAUAACGGAGAGGAGGCUGCGAGAGGUCGAGACGCAGCAGGGGAAGGAGUACACGCAGACACAGGUGCAGGUGAAGUCGGAUCUGGUCCCCUCGUCGGGGUAUUAUAAGGAGAAGUGGGCACGGAAAGUACAGGGGCCGGGGAACCAUGCAGAACUGAGUGCGAUCAGGCAUUAUGAGUUGGAUGUGAGGUCGAAUGCAGAGUCGGACUGA